CGAUAACACGGGAGUGAUCUGGUUAAAAAACUUUUGGUAUUGAGAGGGUUUGAAUCCUGGAUCUCUAUGCUGCUACGCAAGCACUCUAUCCACUAGACCACGGAUCACUCCAUGGCAACCUGUAAUUUCUUUAGAUGGAGGGCCAAGUCUCAACUUAUUUUAUAUAAACUAUAGGUGCUUAAUCAAUCCUACUAAACUGUUAAAUCCAGUUUAGAUUUUGAAAAGUAUGAUGGAAAUAUUCGAGAGUAGGCUACAAAGUUCGUAAAGGGUAUAAUGUUACGUAUUGAUAGGCCUAUCUAUGUUCCUUUGAAAAAGGACAAUAUCGUCAAUAUCUAUGAAAAAAAUUCUUAUUCAUAAGAAUAAGAAUAAUUUUAUUCCUUCAAUGCAUAACAAUGCUAUCGGAAACGUCAAUUUGAUAAUAAUACCGUACAUAAAUUCAGGUUUCAAUCUCACAAUAGUAAAAUGUACAUAAUAUAAUAAUUUAUCUAUACAAGGUAUUCAUAGAAUAAAGAAUGUACAUCAAAUAGGAUGAAGUCAUAUAACAUAAUAACUUUAUGAAAAAUUAGAGGUGGAAUAAAGGUGGAAAUUUUUAAAUUGCAAACGCAGGCAAGUUCAGCAAGCUUUUAGAUGCUUUUGACUUACUGUACACUCAAGUUUCUUCACAUAAGUUACAGUGAACUUGGAGGCAGUUUAAUACUAGGCUUAAUUGAGUUAUUGAUAAAGCGAAAGAUCUGAGAGACUUGAUAACAAGUAGAGAGAAACCACCGAUCUUUGUAAAAAAAUGCACAAAUUGAUCUACAGCACCUAUAUGAGAUUUUCAGGUACUAUGCUUGACACCAAGUCAAAAACAAAAGUAGGCCUAGCAGAUAUAACAACAAUCAAUUGAAAAGUAAAUUGAAUGCUUGAGAACAUAAAAAUGAAAAUUAUUAGAUACUUCAAAGCUUUUUUGAAGAUUCUACAAAACAAUAAUACAGAACAGAUUGAAAAUAAUCAGAAUGCAGUAUAGCAGAUGCAGCAAAAACCGGAAUAAGGAUAAUGAAGAGUUUAAAAAUAUUAUUUACCAUAGUCUUACUGGUAGAAAUUGGAAAACCAAACUUGUUCAUCAGGGCUCAGAGUGGUUCAGACGAUGAUUCCGACGAAGACAUUGAAAACCAAACAGAUUUUCCAUGGAAUCCCCGUUGGCAUUUUGUCAGUCCAUUGCAGUCUCCAAUUGAUGUUGUUCGCUGCAACUGUAGGGAGAUGGAAUACGAGCCGCUCAUAUGGAACUAUGCACCUUCCGUUGAAAAGGACGGCAUAGCGCUCAAAAUAAGCAAUACAGGUCAUGGAGUAAGUAUAAAGAUCCCAUCAGAAGAGGCAAGGCCAUUUCUUAGCGGAGGAAUGCUACCAGGUCGUUACCUAUUCGAUAACCUGCACCUGCAUUGGGGCAGAACCGAUGAUGUUGGAAGCGAACACUUCGUUGAUGGAGAAUCGUACGCAAUGGAAUGCCACAUGGUGACUUACAAUUCGAAAUACAGCGACCUCAACGAGGCUCUAAAUCACAAGGACGAUGGUGUGGUUGUUUUCACUUUCUUUUUCAAGCUGACACCCAACAACAACGAAGAUCUUCAACCUUUUCUAAGGUACGUUCUGUUCAUCCGUGAGACAGGAUACAAUAUAACAGCGCUCGAUCAAGAUGCUUUGAUCUGGUUUUUGAAUCCAUUAGAAGUUAACGACGAAUACCUCACAUACCCAGGUUCUCUAACUACACCUCCCUAUACGGAAUCUGUAGUGUUCAUCAUCCUACCCGAGCCUAUUAGAGUGUCCAGUCAUCAACUAUCCGUCAUGCGCAGAUUGAUGGAUAACCAUGUACCAUCCAGACCAGUGCUUGACAACCGCAGGGUUAUCCAGCCAGUCAAUCACAGACCAGUGGUCUGUGUCAAAGGAGCUGUCGAGUGGAAUAUGAGAUAUUAAAUUUAUAUUAAAUAAAAACAAUAUUUUUAUGUUAAAUAAUAAUUGUUAAUAUUAUUAUCAUGAUUGGUGUAAAUGAAUUGACACAAUUGAUUAAUAAAAAUUACUAUACUAGAUUCACAUAUUAUAUUAUUGAUUUUUAGCUGUUUUCUAAUGUUUGAUUGUUUAGUAAGUUUUUCAAAAACAAUAAAUUAAUCAGCGAAACAUACAAUUACAUCAAAUUAUAAAAAUAUAUAUUUUAUUGAUAAAUAUCAAAUUAUUAUAUGAUUAUUAACUUGAUAUUAUAAAAUCAUAAUAAAAAUGUACAUUUUCUUGAUGAUUGUAAUAUUCUGUAGAAUAUAUAUUAUUAUACGGUACUAUAUUCUCAGAAUUGAUCAUAUUAUUAACAAGAAUCAUUGAAUAUUAAGAAGAAUCUAUCAAUAUUAUAUCAGAUAUACCGUGAUGACUUGAAUUACAGCUAUGUAUCUAAAACUACAGCUACCUAUAUAGAAAAAAACUUGCAGUGAAAAAUGAAAGUUGACAACUACGCCUUCCAAUCAUUUCUGCUGAUAUUUAAAACGUGAAUCCCCAAUAUAUGAUCAGGCUAUUAUCAGAGGCUAAUGGAAAUAAUUGGAAUUUUAUAGUUGGAAUACCGGUACUAGAAUACUAUAAAUUGUUGAAUUUAAAUUGAUAAAUUUCUAGUCGUCUGAUAUUGAAAUAUUCUUUGAAACCAUCAAAAAUACAACAGCCAAUGAUCUAGAUAGGUACCACUUUAGCCCUCAGCUGUAUUAUUUUUCAAUUUUAGUUUACAUUUUUAUGUUGAAGGUUAUUAGGUUUUCAGAUUGCAGGUUAUUAGAGCAUCAUCAAGGAUGGUUUUUAAUAUAACUGUGGUCAAUUUAAUAAAGUUUAAUAUUUAAUUACUUCCUCAACUCAUAUAAAAGUGAGCAUUGUGUUUCUCUACUUCCAUCAUGUGAGUAAUCUUACACGAAUGAAAAAUAAGUUAGUUUUGGUAUUUUUAUAUAAAUUCACUUGUAAAAUAAUGUCAAUAAAUUGUCGAUGUUCACAAUCAAUAAUGCAAAUGAAGUAACCCGUACCUGAACUCUGUAUUUCUUUUUAUAACAGUUUACAGAAAAAUAUUAAAUUUUUGGAUUCAAUAAAAUGCAUUUUUCCUUGUAAUAGUUCAAAUGAUUUAGCUUAUAUAAGACCUUUCACUUCAAUAUUUUUGUAUAAAAUAUAUAUAUUUUAAAUUUUUAAAUACUCUUAUGACCUACACUUUGAAAAUUUCUAUUCUUAUCUAAACAACUUGAUAUUAUCCAAAAUUGUUCAAUUAAUUUGAAAAAUAAAUUAAUUACAUGCUAGUGAAUCCUCUAAAGACUUCGACAUUAUAGCAAAUGAUGUUGUUUAGAGGAGAUAGCAGUAGGAUACUUUUAUUGAAAUGUUGUUCAAUUAUUCAAUGGUAUAUUCUCGCAUUUCACGUUCCUUCCAGUGUUUUAAAUUAAUAUUUUAGUUUUUCCUGAUUUUAAACUUGUCUACUCUGCUUUGAUGUAAUCUACACAGAGUUACCAAAAAAGGUCUAAUAGCCAAAGAAUACAGAUUCUUUAUAAAAUUUACAACAAACAAUGUUUUAUAUUAACCUUACUUCUCAAGAUCUAAAAAUUUUCCAUUAUUUUGAAAAACGGUAAUAACAAGAGAACCAUCAGUCAAAAUAUAAUUCUAAGGAUAUGGUUGGAAAGAGAAUACCUAACAUUUUUAAUAAGAUUUGUAUAAUUUGUUUUUUUUUACGUUUUUGAACUUUCUAUGAGCGUUCGAACUGUUUAAAGUU